AUGUAUGCCAAAUUCAAAGCACGUUGGAGAGAACAACAGACUGUUACCGACCAAAAAUUAUCUAGAAACUCAAAAUCAAUUGAAAUUGUGAAAUUGUGGAAUCGUUUAAAUAAAGAUGGUUUAACACCAUUAACUCUAGCAGCUGACUUAGGUCAGGCUAAAAUGUUGUCAUGGUUACUUUAUGAACGUAAAAAAAUACAAUGGUCUUAUGGUAAUGUUUCAUGUGUAUUACAUCCACUAGAUCAGUUCGAUCUUGAUUUUCAAAAAGAGGGCAAACAACGACCUCUCAGUGUACUUGAAGUAAUGAUUAAAAAUAAUGAUCCAAAAUUAGUACAUCCUAUUAUUAUAUCUUUAAUUGACAAAAAAUGGAAACAAUUUGCUUAUCGAAUUCUUAUUCGACGAUUUUUUUUGACGUUUGUCUAUCUUCUCAGUUUUCUUAUCACUACAAUUUUAGAACAAGCACCGUCAGAAACGACAGCAGAUGAAAACGAUAAAACAGUAACAACUGAUGGUAAAAGUUUGGAUUUUAGUCGUCAAAUAAUCUCUGCAGUCGGUCGUUUCAUUGUAAUAGAAGGUGCUCUAUGGAAAAGUGCAUAUGAAAUAAACGAAAUGUGUACUUUGGGUUUAUGGAAUUAUUGGAACAGUGCAGGAUCUAUUUUUCUUGAAAAUUUUUUGGCAUGUUCAUUCUGUUUUUGUAUUUUUACUGUACAAACUCUUCGUCUGUUUGAUAUGCAACAUGAAACUGUCAUUCUUGCUUUUGCUUCUCUUCUUGGAUGGAGUUAUAUGUUCUUUUUCACUAUGCCAUUUCGAUUUACUGGUCCAUUUGUGAUUAUGAUUUAUAAAAUGUUAUUCAAUGAUGUUCUUCGUUUUUGUAUAAUAUACAUCAUUUUUCUCACUGGUUUCUCGCAAUGUUUUUUUAUAUUAUUCAAUGGAAAUGAUUAUUACAUCGAAGGACCAUAUCCAUUGGUAGGUGCUUUAUUACUUAUUCUUUAUGUUGUGGUUAUUAGUAUUCUUUUGUUAAAUUUACUCAUUGCUAUGAUGGGUGAUACAUAUGCAGAUGUGAAAAAAAGUGCAAAAAAAUUAUGGCAUUUAGAACGAGCACGUAUUGCACUUAAUAUUGAAAGUCGAAUGUCAACUUCUAAACGCCAAUUAAAUAUCAACAAAUAUUGGAUAGAUGUACAGGGUGAACGUUAUUUACAAGUUGAACAAGUGAACGAUGCUCUUGGUGAUCCUAAAGACGAUGAAGCAAACGAUGAUGAAUAG